AUGAUAUCUCGUAUUGGGAUUUGCAAAACACGGGUUGCCAACUGUUUUGGACCUUCUGUUGCAGCAUAUCACAAAAAUGUUAUUGAUCAUUAUGAGAAUCCUCGUAAUGUAGGUUCACUUGAUAAAAAGGAUAAAUCUGUUGGCACCGGUCUGGUUGGUGCUCCGGCCUGUGGUGAUGUUAUGAAGCUUCAAAUAAAGGUUGAUGAAAAUGGAAAAAUUGUAGAUGCAAAAUUUAAAACAUUUGGUUGUGGUUCGGCCAUUGCAUCUAGUUCAUUAGCAACAGAAUGGAUAAAAGGCAAAACAAUUGAAGAGGCUGAACAAAUCAAAAAUAGUGAUAUAGCUAAAGAAUUAAAGCUACCACCAGUCAAAUUGCACUGUUCUAUGCUUGCUGAAGAUGCUAUCAAAGCUGCAAUUAAAGAUUAUCAGAAGAAAUCUGAGUAG